ACUGGAAAAUCUGCGAGUUUCCCCGAGCAUAUUUUCAACCUGGAAAACCUCACACCCUGCGUCCCCUAACGUAAUUCCCUCGACAGAGCUCCGAAAGGGUCAAUUGGCAGCCAUUGUCAACCCGCGCACUGUCCUUUCCAUCGUUCGCUCCCUCUCGAAAGCAGUCGCGCAAUCCAGGCAAUUGUCCACAAUGUCUUCCUCCUCAGGAGUUAACGUGCUGAGAUACACGGCCCUCGGCCUGGGUGUGUUCUACGGCUUCACACAUCAGCGAUCGAUCACAGCAAGCCAGAAGGCUGCCGCCGCCACGAAGGAGUACGAGCGCAAGCAGAAGUUGAUCGACCAAGCCAAGGCCGAGUUUGCGAAGAAGAGCCAGCCCGUCACGACGGCGGCUGCUGAUGCUGGAGGUGCGUUUCUCCCUCGAUAAGACGUAGCGGACUUUUGGAUGUCGCGAUUCACGCCCGUCAUUUCUCGCCCUUGUUGGCGGCUCCCGUAGAACACAUGAAGACUGACAUCAGCCACAGCCAACGUCGAC